CACUGUGAUUUAUCUGUAGCCAUAUCAUAGCUCCUGUAUGGACAAUUCUGUAUGCAAUCAAUCGUCAGCACUUAUGUAAUGUUUGUCUGUCUUCUUCCGUAUUUUUAACAGCCAACUGCAUCCAGAGAAUGAGGCGGACACCCCCACUGGAUGAACUCCAGCCACCGCCAUAUCAGGAUGAAAAUGGAUCCCCAAGGAUGUCUUACACGCUGUCAGACCUGGGUGAUGCCAAGUGUGAUCUCUCACUGACCAGUGGUAGCCCCCACUUUUCCUUUCGCAAAUGCACCAGUGAGGGAAGUGAGGGCCAAGAGACAGAGGGUUAUCUCAACAAGGGCUAUGAGGAGGAUGUGCCCAGCGACAGUACCGCUGUCCUCAGUCCAGAGGAGAUGUCAGUCC